AUGGGUAUCUUUGAUAAUUUGAAGUCAUUUGUUCAUUCCAUCACUACUGAUGAUCAUUACGCUUCUUACGAUUCUCCUUAUAGAAAUUCUGUGAUUCAAAAUGGUUCAAACAUCGGAGGUCUGGCAAGAAACCUGAGUUCCAGAUUAUCAGAAUUGAAUAGAUUAGCUACAUUGAAUUCUUCCAGUCAUUCGCUUGUUGAUGGAGCUUCUGUUGGUUAUAGACCAGGUUUACGUUCAAGUGCUGUGAAUUCUACUUCUGAUUUACCUUUACAGAACUUUAAUAGUGAAGGUCAACCUCCACUUCCUUCAAUUGAAAGUUUAUGGGACACUCUUGAAAAAUGGCUCGAAGAAGAGUACCCGGAACUUGAAGAUGCUUUGAAUGAUGGUGUUACAACAGCUGAUUUGAAUGAAUUUGAAAAUGAUAUUGGUUGUGGUGAUUUACCAGUGGAAUUUAGACAAUUUUAUAAAAGACAUGAUGGUCAAUUCUCAAAUGGGAAACCAACAGGUUUGAUUAUGGGUUUAUUACUUUUGGAUUUGGAAUCAAUUGUUCAAGAACAUUCCAUCUGGGGUAAAGUAAAUGAAAAAUUGGCUAAACAACAAUACUUAUCUCAACAGAAGCUUGCCUCAUCUCAUUCAAACUCUCCAGUUAUAAAUCCAGAUGUCACUCCCACUUCAUCAGCUUCCUCAGCUGCUGCUGCUGGUUUGCCACAAUCAUUUGUAGAGCACCAAAGAUCUAUACCCCCUAAUGCCAUUCAACCAGUGUAUUGUCACAAUGGAUGGGUUCCUAUCAUUAAGGACAAUUGUGGGAAUCAAAUUGCUCUUGAUCUCGUCCCUGGAACUGCUGGAACCUGGGGUCAAGUGAUUCUUUUUGGUAGAGACUUUGAUACCAAAUUGGUUAUUGCCAGAUCGUUCCAUGAAUUUGUCUUUUUAUUUGUUAGUGAUUUGCAAAAUGGUAACUUUAAGAUUGAUUCCAAGGCUGAACUUCAUGAUUAUGCUUAUGGAGAAAUUAUUCGUGAUGAUGAUGAUUAUAUGAUUGGUGAUGAUGAAGAAGAUCUGGGUGAGUUACAAUUUCUUGACAGAGACAAUGAAUUUACUGAAAAAUUACAAGAUAAGGUUAGUUAUGUUGAGAUAUGGAAAAAGAGAGCUUUAAAGAAGUAUGGUGUUGCUGAAAAUUAUUCAACCAUUUAUUCUCCACCUCCUCCAUCAAGAAAACAAGUUAAUAAACCCACAAAAGGGUCCGGUUUAAGUACUCCUGUUAGAACUGGAAGUCCGUCAUUCAAUAUUAGCUCAAACAAGGCCGAAACAGUUGCUCCUGUAUCUAUUCCUAAGGAAACGGUUAUUGACGAUUUGGCUAAUGUUGUUCUUGAAGAUAGUCCAUCUAAGGAGGUCCCUCAAAUUGUGAAGACAGCUCCAAAGGAAGAACCAAAGAAAGAAUCUAAGGUCGAACCAAAAGAGGAAUCAAAGAUUGAAUCAAAGAUUGAAUCAAAGGAAGAACCUAAGACUGAAUCUAAGACUGAAUCAAAGGAAGAGACUAAGGAAGAACCUAAGACUGAAUCUAAGACUGAAUCUAAGAACGAAGAAGAAAAGACAAAAUCUAAUGAUGAACCCAAUAACGAAUCCAAGGAUGAAUCAAACGAUGAACCCAAGGACGAACCAAAGAAAAAUAUGAAAGAUGAUGAAGACUCUGAAGAAACUUCUGAGCCAAAGCCGGAAUCGGUUUAG